CAGAACUCUCUCGAGCACCCGUUGUGAGCGGAGCAACCAAUGACUCAAUUACUCUGAUGUGGGAUGCCUGGGAUGCAUCAACAGAUAUAGGUGAUCCUCCUCUUUUCGGGUACCGUGUCUACUACAUGUUGAACAACUCACGAGAAGAAGAUCAAGAGGUUAGGAGGUCUGACCGCCUAGCACCAUCUGAAACAGUGACCGGUCUAAGUCCAGAUACGGCCUACGUGUUUGGUGUAGCAGCAUUUAGACCUGGACUAGGAAGCCAGGGACGCCGAUUGGAGGUAGUAGGAACCACCCAAUGCUCACCUCCUAGUCGAGGACCGUCAUCCGUUUACGUCACUAAGGGGACUAGACCUGGAGAAAUAUGGGUAUCUUGGGAGAAUCCACCAUCCAAUACUUCUAACUGUGCCAGUGGAUUUGGAGGAAUCCGCAUCUACUUCACCCGGUAUGACAUCCAGUCUGGGAUCUCAAAGAGGGCGGCUGACCCCAAUGAGAACUCCAUUGAUAUUCCGUUUGACCCCUCAAUGCCUGAAUACACCCUGACCCUUGAACCGUACUCCCAGUAUCUCAUCCAGGUUGUAGUCUACAAUAAAGACUCUGAGACGCCAAGAGGAGAGGGCUUUACACAGAUCACAGAGGAAAUGCUUGCCCCUGCGCCCACUGUAAGCGUUGAAGCGACCUCUGAAACUGUAACUGUACGCUGGAAUGCUGCAAGUCCUGCUCACCUCAAUGGAGAUGUACAGGGAUACCAAUUAAGAUACACCCGGACAAAACCAGAACCACUUGAUCCAGUACUAAUUAAUGUUAUGUGUAACGAAUAUGUGAUUACCGAAGGAGUGACAGGAGACAGUGAAUUUGAAAUUGAGGUCCGAGUUUUGAAUGGAGCUGGAUACGGUGAAUGGUCACCAUUAAUGACUUCCCCAUUGCCAGGUGAUGAGUCUAGAUAUUCUCUUAGAGCUCUACUUGUUACUGGUCUCAUCCCAUCGAUUCUUCUUAUCUGUAUCUUCUGUGUAAUCCUAAUUGUGGUCUUUUUCAGAAGACGACAACCUGAUAAAGGAGAGAAUGAAAAGAGCACACAUGAUGAUUCGCAAUCACCAAGAACUGCUGAAACCUAUCAGGAUCUGUAUGAACGAGUGAGCAAUGAUGGCACUGCCUAUCAAGAACUUGAAUUAACAUCGGUACAACAGGGUGAUAUAGAUUAUAUCAAUAUCGAAGAGGGUCCUCAAGGAAGGAAGAAUUUUUUGAAAUCGAUUGAGAAUGCUGACUGCUAAAUCUGUCCGCAUUAUGGAAUGACACGUUGUUCAAUUCUGAAAGGAGGCGGGAGCGGGGUAUACUGCUGAGUAAAAUUGAACGUAUAGGCUCUACCCCUCCUUAAAAAUAUAAUGUGGGCGAGCAAUAAACAAAAAAUACUAUUUCUCAUAGAUUAUUACAUAUAACAGACUAGUCCUUAUAUAUUGCUACUAAGGUCAAUUUCUUGCUUUUUUGCUUUUUUUUGGAGGGGGUAUGUUUAAAAGUUCGACACAAUAUUUUCACGUUUGUUAUUUUGUUUUUAAUGUGAUUAAUCAUACACAUUAAGGUUUACAAAAUGUGGAACAAUAUAUAAGAAGAUUGUAAGGCCUUGGUGCGGUGCAUUCAUCUACCGAAGUUAUCUUUACUAUCAAUAUUUUUUGCAACGGUCUCUUUUUCGUAAAAUUCCAACAAAGAACCCCCCCCCCCCCACAAAAAAUAAAAAUAAAUAAAUAAAUAAAUAAAUAAUAAUAAUAAUAAUAAUAAUAAUAAUAAUAAAAACGAUGAUGAAAAUCAUGUUAUUACGGUCAUAACGACUUUUGCAUAACAUGUGUGAACAUGAAAAUGACAAAUUACGUCAUCCAGACAUGAUUUCUGCAAGAAAUUACCCCUGAUGAUGAGUUGAGGUUUUAAAGUAUUUGCGAUCAUGUCAUGUAAACAGUAGCAACAAAAUCUAAGAUGCUCUUUUUAGUUUUCCUGUGGAUAUUAUAAUGUUAUACUCCAUACAGCACAGUCACUAGAAUGUAUUAAAAAUAGUAACUUACGGUAGUAGUAAACGUUAUAAAUGCUAAGCAUGAUUAGUGAUGAGAGUACUUAUUUCAAUUAUAUCAUUCAAGGAUAUUAUAUAACUUUUGAAGACAAUGUAAAUGGUCUCUUUCAUCGAUAAUUGAUAUUUGAUGAUCUUUUGUACAUAAUGUGAAGAUAAUUGUUAACAUGUGCUUACUAACUCGAUGAAAAUCGAUUUGUAUGUGAGUUUAAUUUUUUUUUAUAUAUAAACAUCGUUAUGAUAUCAGAAGUUGCAAUGAAAUAAGUAUCGCCUUUUUUAGAUAUCGCUAUUUGCUGUUAAAAGUUGAAAACGAUGAAAUGUAUAUAAAUUAGAUGCAUUAGUUUCCAUACUUCUAUCAAAUCGACAAAAUUGAGGACUAUCAGAAAGAUAGUCCAUUAAACACAACCGCAGAUUAGCAUUAUGAGAACCCAACUUUUGAGUCGCCUCCUAUAUUAACACCUAUGAAGGUUUGAAACGUGUGGAAGACAACACUGCAGACGACGCUUACGUCAAUGUGAUGUCAAUGUGAUGUCAAAAUCUGAAUAAACCAAUAUAAUUUGACGUCUACAGAGGUGUAUCUAGAAUAAAUCAAUUAUUUCAAAAUCUAAAAUCAACGCAUAAGGCACGAACUGUCGGUUAAGCUUACAUUUUGGAAGCGGAUUACAUACGGUAUGGCCGACACCAGCCUACAAUGCCAAAAUGACAAAAAGACAGGCGAAACAUAUGUCACAAUUUAAUUGGAAAACGCAUGCCUUUAACAAAAAUAUGAAUAUGAAAAAUCUGAUAAAGAUGUGCAAGUUAGUCUUUUCUGAAAUGUCUUACAUUGUGGGAUUUGCAUCUAUAUUGUUAACUGGGAUUGUACUGUGUCCCUUUCUCAGAAGAAACCAUAUUUCAAGCAAUACUCCAUUUACAUUAUUUAACAGACAGGUGGUUUGCAAUUAUAUAGGUCUGAAUGCGUAUGAUUUUUGUAUUGUUAUCAACAAUGUAUUUUUGUCUUGUAAGCCUCAUUCAUAUUGUGUAAGUUUGUUAACAAAAGUUUCUAGAAGUACAGGAGUCUUGUCGAGGCUCAUGUUAUUGUUAUCCCACAAUAUAUAUGUAUGAUUAAUUUGUAUAACAGCUUAUUUUUGCCUCACCUAACAUAAUAAUACCGUAUUGGGUCAUUCUUUUGAAAGCCAUCUCUUUGAAUUUGUAACACUACAAACAUGAUUUCGCCACCCCAUAUACAUGUAAUUGUCUAUCAUGCCAGUGCUUCAGAAAAUUUUAAAGAGAGGGUAUUUAAAUCAGUUCAGAGACUGGCCAGUUAUUGAAGAAAUCUGUUCAGAGACUGGCAAGUUAUAGAAGAAAUCAGUUCAAAGACUGACAAGAUAUUAAAAUAUUUUGGCAGUCUCUGGAAUCAUUUGAAUACUCAGGCUCAUUUUAUGUAUAAAUACAUAUCAGGUAAUUUACCAAUAUUGUUUGUUACUAUGUUAACCUUUAACUCAUCUGUGCAUUCUUACAAUACUCAUCACUGUUGUAUGUUUUUAUUUUAUGUAUAAACUAUAUUUUAUCACAAUUCUUUUUUAAAUGUUUAGAUUUGAAAUAAAUAUCGUACUUUAUUACUGCGCUGUAAAAAAUGGGACCCUUUCCAAAAGCAUUUUGCUUUUAAGUGUAUACCGCCGUUUCAUUUUAUGAUUUUAUUUCGGUUGUAAUUUUGCUUUUGUACUUGCAUUGCUUAGUUAUGGAAAUAAAUGAAAUUGAAUUGUAUUGAA